AUGGACCCCCGCGGGAUGCGGCGCGUCCUCCUCCUCCUCACCUUCCUGCUCGCCGGGACCGGUGCGGGCCGCGUGGAGGUGCCGCGCAGGGUGACGGCCGUGCUGGGGCAGGACGUGGUGCUGCCGUGCCGGUACCGGGCGCAGGAGCAGGAGCAGGUGGUGCAGGUGACGUGGCUGAAGCGCGUCCCGGGCUCGGUGCCCGCCGAGGUGGCCGUGCUGAACCCGCAGCACGGAGAGCACGUGCAGGAGCCGUUCGCCGGCCGCGUCCUGCGCCACGGCCACGGGGACCUGGAGGACGGGGCCAUCCUGCUGCGGAACGCCGUGCAGGGCGACGAGGGCGACUACGAGUGUCACCUCAUCACCUUCCCCAUGGGCAACUUCGAGGGGCGGCUCACGCUCAGCGUGCUGGUGCCCCCGCUGCCCAUCCUGAACCCGGGCCCGCCGCUGGAGGAGGGCCAGGGCCGGACUCUGGCGGCCUCGUGCACGGCCGAGGGGAACCCGGUGCCGUCGGUGCGCUGGGAGACCGAGGUGCGCGGCACCAACGCCACGCGGAGCUCGGCGCACACGCGCUCGGCCUCGGUCACCAGCGAGUUCUUCCUGGUGCCCGGGCGCAGCAUGAACGGCAAGAGCCUCACCUGCGUGGUGGCACACCCCGGGCUGCGACACGAGAAGAGGAUCACGCACCUGCUCAGCGUCGCCUACCUGUCGGACGCGUCGGUGCUGGGUCACACGGCCGAGUGGCAGGAGGGGAUGGAGGGGGCGGCGCUGACCUGCCUGGGGGACGGCAACCCCCCCCCGACCUACAACUGGACACGGGUGGACGCGCCGCUGCCCGCGGGUGUCCGAGCCAAGGGGGACACGCUGCUGUUCCAGCGGCCCCUGGCCGUGGCCGAUGCCGGGGAUUACGUGUGCCGGGUGUCCAACCGCGUGGCCGCCAAGGAGGCGCGGGCCAACGUCAGCAUCCGGGGGCGCGCCACAGAGGACACGGUGCGCCGCGUGGAUCUGGUGUCGGCCUCGGUGGUCGUGGUCGGGGUCAUCGCCGCCGUCCUGCUCUGCGUCCUCGUCAUCGUGGUGGUGGUGAUGACCCUGUACCACAAACGCAAAACACAGCGCAUCUCCGAGAAGUACGAGGAGGAGCUGACGCUGACCCGGGAGAAUUCCAUCCGGAGGCUGCACUCGAGCCACAGCAGCGACCCGCGGGGACAGCUGGAGGAGACGCUGCAGCUGAGGACCGAGAGUCGCCAGGGCAGCAUCAGAGGGGACAGCCUGCGAGGGGACAGCCUGAGAGGGGACAGCCUGAGAGGGGACAGUCUGAGAGGGGACAGCCUCAGGGGGGACAGCCUGCGUGGCACCAGCAUCUGCUCCGCCAUGAGCGAGGAGCCCGAGGGCCGCAGUUACUCCACGCUCUCCACGGUGCGGGAGAUCGAGACGCAGACCGAUGUCCCCCUUGUCCCCAUUGUCCCCGCUGUCCCCGCGGCGCCAGCCCCGGGCGGGAAGGAGGCCGAGGAGGAGGAGGGGGGCGGCGGGGGGGACCCCAUCAAGCAGGCCAUGACACACUUCGUGCAGGAGAACGGCAUGCUGCAGGCCAAGCCCAGCUCCAACGGAAUCUACAUCAACGGCCGCGGCCACCUGGUGUGACCGCCACCGGGGGGACACCUGGGGACAGCCAGGGGACAGCCAGGGGACAGCCAGACCCUCCCCGCGCC